CUCUUCUCCCAAAGUAUAAAUUGUACUCACGCAGCCGAUAGAGUGUAAAACAAGAGACUGGAGAGGAGACCAUUACCAACGAAAAAAAUAGGUCAAUAAUUUCAGACAUGGGAGACCAGAUGCGCUAUGCCAUCAGUGUCCGGAUUAUUGGAGUGAUGCAUAAAGAGGCAUCUAAAAUCAAGAUGUUUAUGACCUCUGUGCUGUGGUCUGAUGAGAGUGAAGUCAUUGUCUACAGAUCAUUGUUGGAUUUUAAGGAGUUUCACAGGCAAUUGAAGAAGAGGUUUCCCCUUGAGAAUCCUUUCCGCAAGAGAGACAGAGUGAUUCCCAAAUUCAGAGCCAUAGCUAUGAGGAGAAAGAUCCAGGUGAAGGAUCCUAGUUGGUCAAUGCGUCGGAUGAAUUUACUGGAAAACUACUGCAGCGAGCUGCUCAGGUGUGACCCCGUGGUGAGCUGCAGUUCAGAGGUCACCCAGUUCUUCAUGCCCAAAGACCACGACCUGCAGGCAGACUUCACCAAAAACAGCGUCAUGAUCCUACCAUCGGAGGAUGGGCUGGAGGACAUGAGUGGGCAGCGUCUGAGCCUGGGCAAUGUGACACACCCUUUUGUGAGCCAGUCUUACUGCUGUGUGGGGCCCUACAACACCAAGGACACUAAGAACAGGCCCUUUAAAGUGGCCUUGGAUGAGAGGCUGGAUGUGCUCAUCAAAGACCCAGCAGGAUGGUGGCUGGUGGAGAACGAGGAUAAACAGUUGGCCUGGUUCCCUGCUCCUUACCUGGAGGUGUGUGAGGCAGAGAACGAUGAAGAUGGAUUGGAUGGAAUUCCCUUGGGGGGAACUCUCUACUGCGCUGUGAGGAGUUACUCCACUACGAAGCAUGACGAGGUGCCUGUUCCUAUUGGCUCUGUGGUCGAGGUGCUGAGGAAAUCAGACGACGGAUGGUGGCUGAUCAGGUAUAAUGGCAGAACGGGCUACUCUCCCUCCAUGUACCUGCAGCCUUACAACAACCCACGUGCUGGCCUCCACAACCUGCAGAGGAAGCUGCACAGCUCCUCUCUCAAUCUGGCAACCCACAUGGACAGCUCUACUCUCAACUUGGCAUCCAGCAGAGACAGCCAAUCUGGCAACUGUUACCCACCCACCCUGUAUGAGGAGACAGGGCUGCAGCAUCACACAUCGACCCAGCCCAGGGAUGAUCCGUACCGGGCCUCCCUUCUCCAGAAGACCCGCUCUCUGGAGCUUCUGUCUGAGACCCGUCCCGACAUGGCCGUCCCUCCAUCCCAAAGAGAGAGAGAAGACCUUGAGUCAAAUCCGGAUCCAGCAAUCCGCAAGAGCAGCAUCAGCUGGGCCAAGUCCUCCGACUCUGACAUCAGCUCAUCAGGCCGGAAUGUCAGGACGUCUUCUUCCAGCUGCAGUGAGGAGGAGCCCCAGAGCCCCCCAAACAGCCCCAGGUCUUCACCCCAGCCAAGGGAGAGUGGCAAUCGCAGCAUCCCAGAUAAGAGUCUGUCAACCAGCCCUAGCUCCAGGUCUGAGACUGGGUCCUGUAAGAUGCCCACCGCUGCACCCAGGGUGCCCCCGCGACCCAGAGCCCAGGAGAUCCUGACCCGGUGUACCACCAUGACCCGCAAGGCUGCCUUAGCCUCCAGAGGGAGGCUGUUCUCCCUGCAGGACCCCGUCCAGACCCACUAGAAAGGCUGGGAGCGGUGGUUGGGGAACUGGGAGAUGGGGUUAGGGUUGUGGGGAGCCGUGGGUGGUGGAGAGUGGGGUUUUUGGGGUUAGGAUUACGCUAUUCUCUCCUGGCCGACUUUACGUGAAGCACAAUACUUUGAGAAUGGCUUGCAAUACUAGGGUAAAAUUUGCAUAAAAAUGCCUAUUCUGUAUGUUACAUUAACCAUGAGUCCAUGCAACCAUUUUUAUGCGAGUAAAGUACUUGUUGAAUAAAAAACUCACUACAGGACUGAUGGAAACGGUAUAAUUGUUAGUAAACUUUCUAAAUCUCGACAGAACAAAAUACGUAAGACAGGGGGAUAAGUUUUUGUCUGUGAAAUACACUACAUGACCAAAAGUAUGUGAACAACUGCUCGUCGAACAUCUCCUUCCAAAAUUAUGGUCAUUAAUAUGGAUUUGGUCCCCCCUUUGUCGCUUCACCAGCCUCCACUCUUCUGGGAAGGCUUUCCACGAGAUGUGGUAGCAUCGGCGUUCCAAUUCAUCCCAAAGGUGUUAGAUGGAUUUGAGGUCAGGGCUCUGUGCAGGCCAGUCAAGUUCUUCCACACCGAUUUCGACAAACCAUUUCUGUAUGGACCUCGCUUUGUGCACAGGGGUAAUGUCAUGCUGAAACAGGAAAGGGCCUUCCCAAAACUGUUGCCAAACAAUUGGAAGCACAGAAUCGCCUAGAAUGUCAUUGUAUGCUGUAGCGUUAAGUUUUCCCUUCACUGGAACUAAAAACAGCCCCAGACCAUUAUUCCUCCUCCACCAAACUUUACAGUUGGCACUAUGCAUUGGGGCAGGAAGUGUUCUCCUGACAUCCACCAAACCCAGAUUUGUCCAUCGGACUGACAGAUGUUGAAUCGUGACUCAUUACUCCAGAGAACGCGUAUCCACUGCUCCAUAGUCCAAUGGCGGCGAGCCUUAAACCACUCCAGCCGACGCUUGGCAUUGCGCAUGGUAAUCUUAGGCUUGUGUGCGGCUGCUCGGCCAUGGAAACCCAUUUCAGUUAUUGUGCUGACGUUGCUUCUAGAGGCAGUUUGUAACUCAGUAGUGAGUGUUGCAACCAACCGAGGACAGACGAUUUUUACGCGCUUCAAUACUUGGCAGUUCCGUUCUGUGAGCUAGUGUUGCCUACCACUUCAUGGCUGAGCCGUUGUUGCUCCUAGACGUUUCCACUUCACAAUAACAGCACUUACAGUUGACCAGGGCAGCUCUAGCAGGGCAGAAAUUUGACAAACUGACUUGUUGGAAAGUUGGCAUUCUAUGACGGUGCCACAUUGAAAGUCACUGAGCUCUUCAGUAAGGCCAUUCUACUACCAGUGUUUGUCUAUGGAGAUUGCAUGGCGGUGUGCUCGAAUUUAUACACCUGUCAGCAACGGGUGUGGCUGAAAUAGCCAAAUCCACUAAUUUGAAGGGGUGUCCACAUACUUUUGUAUAUAUGGUGUAGAUCAUGCACCAGAUGCAGUGGAAAUGCUUUAAUGCGCAUUUGUUGAAGAAUAAUCCUCAUGUGGCAGUAAACUUUCAGUCACGUGAUGCUAUGUUGUGUAGUCCUCCCACUACGACUUGGAAAAGCACAGUUUAUUAGUCUACAGAUUCAAUUAGUAAUGAUGAACCUCACAGGGUGGUGAAAGUGUAUGGUGAUGAUGAGCUUGAUACUCCUUAAAAUGUCGAGGGUCCUAAUUUUAUGCUGGUGACAUGUUGAUCGGGGCUUGGCUGUCAAUUGACAAAUAAAUAUGAUCUUGCUUUUAACCAUAAUCAGAUUUAAAGAUGAGAUGGAAACAGACUGUACUUAUUUUUUUUAUUAGUUAAAUGAAAAAUUAUACGACAAAGUGAUUUUUAUGUGCACUACGUCAUUACGAACAGCUGUUCAUCUUCAUGAAGCCAGUUUGAUGUAAACAAACAAAAGGUAAAAUGUGGAUAUUUUUUGGGUGCGCAUAUUCAAAUAUUUGCUUGAAAUUCUUUCGACAAAUUGAUGGAAAUCUAGCUAAUGUUGAACAUUAAAAUGUGCUGACAACUUUCUGAUGUUAUUUAUAAUUGAUCAACUAUUGCUAUUUAAUUAUACUUAUUUAAAUUAGCGUGAAAUGCUCACAGGUUAUAAAGGUAGAAAUGAAUUGGCUAAUAGUCUUUACCUUUUAAAGCCACAUUCCUUAAUUUGUGCAUACCCUUAAAGAGUAGACCCCAAACAAAAAAAUAAUUUUACAUGCAAAUAAUAAUAAUUUUACUAGUCACUACUACUACUCCUAUUACUACACGGUAACAGCUGAAACAAGCACACAAAUGUUCACAAAAAUGUUCCUUUUCUAUUUUGAGAUGAAACAUUAUAUUCUGAUGAUAUUUUCAAUGCACCUUUCCUGUCUGUAUGAUUUUAAUAUGAAGGAAUGAGACACGGUUGUCUCUGAAAGAUAUGGGAUGACACAGAAUUAAAUAUAGUAUGCUUGUAUGAUAUAAUUUGUAUCUAUUUUGCUUUAAUAUCGUAGAUUGAUUUUCAUUAUGAUGUUGAACUUGCGCAUUUGUUCCCAGAGGGACAUUUUCAAGGGGGUUCAGUUUCAAUGUAUUAUUGAAAUGCAUUAUUGAACAUUGAAAUGUUCUACCCCUUUAGAGUUGACCAAUGACUGGUUGCUUUGUUGUAGCAUACAUAUCAUUCUUCUAUUGGUGUCUGAAGUCACUGUUAUUCCAUACUGGAAUUUUACUGUAACUAUUUACCAUUACUGUCUGUAUGCCUUAUAUGCAAUCAACAUUAUCCUAUAAACUGAAUUCAAUGUA